GGAUUGUCCAAUAAUGUUCAAAGCUCAUUAACUUUUUCUUCUGUUCCCCCUACCAACCACAUACUCUUCUAAAAGAGCUUCUGAAAGUAGUAGAUCUGCAUUAACUUGCAAAAGUCUUCGAUUUUUGUCUACUUCUCUUUUCAAGUUAUACUUUGGGUUUGUGGGAACAAUGGUGAGUUCGUCAACCACGAUCUAUGUUUCUUGUGCCUCGAAGAAGUCUCGAGCUCCUACACCUCAGAAGAAGAUUACUGUCAAGGUCAAGACCCAACAGGGUGGAGAAGAGGAUGUUUACAAGAUUGGUUAUGGUACACAUAUGAGUAGACUAAUGAAAGCUUACUGCAACAAUAGGAACUUAGAGGAAGGCACUGUCAGAUUCAUCUUCGGCAAGAAACAGCUCAAACCACGAAGCACUCCUGCUCAGUUGAAGAUGGAAGAAGGCGACGUCAUUGAUAUUGUCACCGAUAUGGGCGGUGCUUAAUCUCGCCGGAAUUUCUUCAUCAUUUCCCGAUUUGCUCGCAGAACAAGGACGUGAUUUUUAGCCCUUUUUUAAAGAAAAGAAGAAGACGUUUUUUUAACUAAUUAGAUGUUUCUAAGACAGUUUGAGUUUCCGGUUUGUAGUGUGUUGUUGUUGUUGCAUCUUAAAAAUUUGAACUAUCUUGAUGGGCCAAGUUCGCGUACUUAAGAAACUUCAUCAGUUCUUGUUCCA